AUGGAGUCGACUGUAACGCUGCAUGUCGCUGAUGGUAUUGCUACCAUCACAUUCAACAAUCCUAAAAUCCUUAAUGCCAUAAAAAAAGAAGAUUACAAUGCCUUUGCGAAGUAUCUAAGAGAGGUCGACCUACGUGAUGAUGUUCUUGUGACGGUCUGGCAAGCUACUGGAAAGUGGUUCUGCGCCGGCACUAGCGUGAAAAAAACGCUAAAUGAGCCUAGCGCCGCCAACAUGUCCGAAAACGUUGACCUUCGCGACUAUUUCGCAAACGUAGUUGCACCUGUGAACACAGACGUUAGCCACGCGUUGUACACUCAUUCCAAGAUCCUGGUCGCCGCCUUGAACGGACCAGUGAUGGGCGAUCAUUUACUCCGGGAUACAGCCUUUCUCGGGCACUUUGACUUCAUCUAUGCGCUUCCCGGAGUAUGGCUUUCUGUCCCCUUCACAUUCCUGGGUAUCAUUGCUGAAGCGGGUUCCAGUGUGUCGUUCCGCAACAGAAUGGGUGCGUCCAAGGCUAAUGAAGUGCUCAUUUGGGGAAAGAAGAAGGAAGCUACGGAGUUGCUAGAGUGCGGAUUCGUGAAUCAGAUAUUCCCAGAGCAGUCAGUGGAAGCCUUCCAAGCGGCUGUUCGCGCGCAGGUGCUGGCAGACAUGGAUGGCCUUGACCGCUCGGCAGUUCUGGGAGUGAAGCGCCUGAUCAGGGCGGGGCUGAGCGACCAGCACAACCUGGACGCAGUUAAUCUGCGGGAGAGCUACGCGCAAGCGGAGCGGAUGGCGACUGGGAUACCUGGAGAGCGGUUUGGGAAGAUUGCACGAAAGGAGCUGAAGCACAAGCUGUGA